GACCUCAGACUCCCGACGGGGGUAGGGGCGCUGUACCCUGACGCCGUUACCAAAGCAAAAUAACGUGUUAAUAUAAGACAAAUGGCUCACAUGAGACAGGGGUUCACGAAGUAUAGUACGUAGUAAGGCGACACAUAGCAGGAUAUUUGCUUUCAACGCACACCAAAAUAGACAUCCAAGAUGUUUUGCUGCGGGGCGCCCUCCCAGCAUCUUGGUUAGCCCUUACGCUUCGAAGGCGCAGAAGGCUGGCGUCAAUGAUUCCCAGUUCAACCUGAUAAGCUUGCUGGCGAUUCGACGCUUCUUCUUAUAUACGAAGGCGAAGCCUUACUACCGCGUCGGGCAUUGCUUCAAGGGAUAGCACAUAUGGUGGCGCUGGUGGCGCACGCCGCGCUGCCUUAGCAUGCCUGGGCACCUGUCGAUACUGGUUGCUACAUAAACGGUUUCUUUGUCGAGGUUGGAAGUUAAUUACAAUGUGGCAGCCACCACCAUCAAGCUUGCUACCCCAACGGAGACAGCUGGUGUCGACCUACCCGCAACUGGAGGCCUGGUCUGUUCGGCGUUGUCACUUCACUACGCUGCUGGUGUUGGUGCUGCUGUCCGUGGUCAGCAACACUGCUGUGGCCUCUGAUGGAGGCUGCACAUUUAUCCCAGGCUUCAUCGCUUCACCCGAUGUCGAGCAUAUGUACGACGACCUUGACUACAGGCCGGAUCUGGGCGUUGUGGACCUUGCUAACCUAUGCAGCAGCGACGACCGCUGCACAGGUUUUAACGAUAUUGGCUACGUAAAAAGCAUUGUCAUUCCAACAAGCCCUUCCCUGGGCACGUGCCUAUACGUACGCGUCUUCCCUCCCCCACCAUCGCCGCUGCCGCCUUCUCCAGCGCCCUUGAUGCCCCCGUCGCCGCCAUCUCCCCCUCCUUCUUCCCCACUGUUUCCACCGCCACCAUCUCCCUCGCCGUCUUCCCCUCUAUUUCCCCCACUGGCACCCCCUCUUUCUCCGCCAGCACCUGUGAGGUCAACACCACAGCCACGGCCUGAGUUCCCACCAAACCCACCGCCACAACCUCCAAAUCAAACACUAUCCUCACCGAAUCCUUCACUUCCUCCAUCGUACUUACCGCCAUCUCCUUACCCACCAGAAACAGCGGUGAUACCCACAAGUCACAACUCUCAUGGGCUAUCACGUAAAGCGAAGAUCCUAAUAAUAACUGGAGCCGUAUGUGGGCCUAUUAUUUUGCUUUAUAUAAUAGCAUUACUCAUUUUCUUGUUAUUAAUUUGCUGCGUGGACUAUGAAGAACGUCAUGCGGCACCCAGGGCACCUCCAGACCCACCAAAACCUUUGCCAGCACUCACUCAGCCAUCAGCCCCAUCACGAACCCCAGCAUCAUUGCAACAGCCACCUGCAGCACCACAAGGUGGAGCAGCGCGUUCAGUACCACAUCCAGAACUAGCACCACAGCAACCUCCAUCCCAGCUUCCGCCAACUCCUCAGACGACGGGGCUAUCUGCCACCCCUCAACUGUCUCCUGCCCCUUCAAGGCAAUCCACCCCGCAUCUUCCUCACCCACAGGCUGAAGUGCAGGCAGAACCUUCAGCCCCACAGUUGCCUUUAGUUCAGUCUUCGGCCCCGACACAACCCGCUAGUCGUCCACAGCCUAUUGCCCCUGCCCCACUGCCACAGCAGCCUACUGCCCCACCACUGCCGCUCCAAGCCCCUCCACAGCAGCCCUCUGCUCCUCUGCUUCAUCCCUCAGCUCCACAGCAGCCCUCUGCUCCUCUGCUUCAUCCCUCAGCUCCACAGCAGCCCUCUGCUCCUCUGCUUCAUCCCUCAGCUCCACAGCAGACGCCUCCUGCUGAACGAGUACAGCCUUCUGCUCCUCCUCUGCCUCCAUCAGCCCCGCCGCUGUUGCCAAGCCUUGCAUGGUCUUCCUCUCCCGCACAACCUUUAGACUCACGGCAACCUCCAACCGCUGCACAGCCGCCCACCCCUGCACAGCCUACACAGCCUGAAGCCCCAUCACAGCCUCCUGCUACUCCUCGACGCCCACAAACAUCUCCACAGUCUCAAGCCCCGCCACCCUCCCCUACUGUUGCAUGGGGUGAAACCUCUGUACGCCGUCCUACCGUCCCUCCACAUUCCCCUUCGCCACCAAACCUUAAUGCUGGUCCGUCGCAGCCUUCUGCUGCUGCACCACAACUACCGUCAGCUCAACCAUGGCUUCAGGUGGCCCCGGUACAGCAAGUCCCAGCAGUACGACCACAGCAGGACUCAAUUCGUGGGAGCCCAUUGAUUGGCCAGCCGUCGAUCAAUCCUGUAAACAUUUGUCUCAGGGAGUACACGCUUGAGGUUCUCAAGAAGGCGACCAACAAUUUUGCCUUAAAAAACAAGAUUGGUGAAGGCAGAUCCGGACCCGUGUAUCGCGGCUGCUUAGGACCCCAGAAGCAACCUGUAGCCAUCAAGAAGGUUGACCUGGAAAACUCCCAGGGCUGGUCCGAGUUCCUUGCCGAGGUGGACAUCUUAUCUGGUAGCCAUCACCCUCACAUCCUUAUGCUUCUCGGCACAUGCUCUGAUCAGGGCAUCUUGGUGUACGAGCUCAUGCCGGGAGGCAGCUUGGCUAGUUAUUUAAACGACAACAAGCGACCCAGCAGCCAGCAGCAGCGGCAGUCUGCGCCUCCAGCGGCUGCCUCUGCCACCUCAAGCAGGGCUGAGCUUCUGAGUUGGAGGGAUCGCGUGCGCAUCAUGUGGCAGGUCGCCUCCGCGCUAUACUUCCUGCACACCAGCAACCCGCCGAUUGUGCACAGGGACCUUAAACCUGAUAAUAUACUGUUGGACGAGCAUAAAGACGCAAAGCUGGGCGACGUGGGUCUAGCACGCGCCUUGAAGGAUCCAGGGAUCUCUGUGAACAUCACCGCAAACAUGGAAGGCACGUUGGGUUACAUCGAUCCCGAGUACCACCACACAGGCGCUUACGGGCCCCGCAGUGACAUUUAUGCACUUGGCAUGUGUAUGCUUCAAGUCCUCACAAACGCUUCGUCAUAUCAAGGUUUAGUGAAGCGCGUUCGCACCGCUCUAGCUCGGAACGACAAUGCCUUCCAAGAGAUGCUGAGCGCCAUGCAAGCGCCACUGGAAGAAACACAGGCCUUUGCUCGGCUGGCCCUGCGCUGCACCAAGCUGGUUGGCAGCCGGCGACCUUCCAUGCAGGAUAUCCUGGCAAAGCUUACCAGGCUUAAGGAGCAGACGGAGGCUCGUGAGGUCCCUGUCCACCCGCCAGAUGGCGGACAAGGGUCUCAGCAGGACACAGAAGCUGAGGAGCCACCGGAGCGCUUCCUAUGCCCCAUUACAUUGGAUGUCAUGAACGACCCGGUGGUUGCGUCCGAUGGGAACACGUACGAGCGCAUCGCCAUAGUGAAAUCAAUGGAGAGAGACACAAGAAGCCCAAUCACUCGUGCGCGGCUGGAUCCUACCAUCUUGAUCGUCAACAAUGGCCUGCGCAGCGAGAUCUUGGAGUGGAGGGAACGGAUGCAGCGACGGCAACAGCAGUAGCAGAGCUUGGCCUGCAACUACGUGAAUACCAUGUACAUACACCGUGGCGCCGUGCCAUUUGCGAUGCAUGUGGACAUGUUGGGGCUAAGGGAGUUCGGGGAAUGAAGGUUGAUGAAGUGUGACAUCUUCACUUCAUGCAGCAACAAUGACUCUGCCCUUGACUCUUUUUGCCGGGCAUUGCUAUCGAGUAAGAAGCAAUGGUUGAUAGCAGGGGUGCAGCAUCUGGGUGGGUUUCCUCAGGCUAUGUGCUGCUGAAGUUCUGCGGGACAAGCCUUCCGGGCGAUUGCUGUGCCGCAACUGUAACCCGG